UUCAGAAUGUCAGAUUUCAGCCUGAUCUAACUUUGUGUUCUCUGUGGAUCUAGUAGAUCUGACUGCUUGCUUCAGCCAUACCAAAUUACAAGGCAAAAUAAGCUAUCAUGCACCAGCUAGCUUGCACACUAACCCUGAUGAAGCAAAACACUUCUUCCUAAAGCUAGGAACAUGCUUAAGUGCUAAUGAUUCAGUGAUUAGGUUGCACGGUUGGGAUUUUGGAGCUCUGGGUUCAAUUCCAUGCUCUGCCAAAGACUUCUUGUGACCUUGGCCAAGUCAGUUUAGAUGCCUAAUACCUUUGAAAAUCUAGUCUUAAGAUAAUGGUGGAUGCCUAGUGGGAUUUUUCAGUUGCACUUAGCUGGGAAUUAAACACAGAACCCAUUUAGGUGCUUUUGAAAAUGUCCCUAGGUGCCUAUAGCAUCGUUAGGUUCCUAAUACCUUUGGAUCUAUGGCUCUCAGUUUCUCUGUGCCUCAUUUGCCAAUCUGUAAGAUAGGGAUGAUAUUUCCAUAGUUCAUGGAGGUGUUGUAUUUAUCCUCGCAUUAAAUUGUAAGGUGUUCAUAUCCCAGUAUUAGGGGCCCUGUCAGAGCGUAAGAGAUCUAUGUGAGGAGAAAUUUCAUCUUCAUGUCUACAGGCAGUGGAAAAAAUGCACCUAAAACCAAAACUGUUUAGAUGCCUACAGUCUUUUUGACUCUUUUUUUUUUUCACUUCUGCUUUCUGGUUCAUUAGUCCCCUGCACUCGUGCAGUCUGGAACUCGGAAGGUGAGUGAGGUUAAGAUGCCUGUCUUGUCUUGAUUUUAUUAUGAUGUACAGGCGUUUCCUGUCCCAGUCGAACCACCAGUGUUCUUGCAAAAACCAGCUUUUUAAGUCCUGCGCACUGUUCCAACGUUACGGAAUUUCAUAACCCUGUAAUUUAGGGAAGUUAAGUGCCCAGGGCUAUCUCAGAGAGCCUCAAAAAAAAAAAAAAAAAAAGGUCGUGUUUUGUAAUCUUAGUUACAGUGGCACGUUUUCUAUUAGCGGUAUCUCCAAACCACAUUCACCCUGCCCUUGAUUUUCUUCACUGUUUGGGUUCUUUCCAUUGUGGCUCUCCAUGACGUUUGCUAGCACCACCUGGGUUAGUAUUUUUCUCUUUCUAAGAGGAAGCAAUAGGAAUUGGUUGGUUGGCCCAUGAACACAAGCAGUGUUACUCAAGCACUUCCGUUGUAUACAGCAGUGAGGACAGAUGUAACUGGACAGCCAGGGCAAUCGGACUUUCUGCUCCCUUGGGGUGGAUGUGGUCAGAGCAGCUGUUGUGGUGGAUAGCUUGGUGGCAGCAUACAACACAUUUUGCUGCCAAUGGAGAACAUGUGCACCACUGAAGCGGCGGAGACACUUCUACGAACAGAAGAAACCUUCUCUGCGUGUCUAGCGCGUAUCAACACCAUCGUUCUCAAGCCCUUGCUCCAGGCAGAGCCUUCUGAGCAAAAAGGAAAGGAUAACUUGAAAUUAUUGCUGCUUUUGAACGACCGCUUCCACGCUCUCUGGGACCUGACAGAGGAAAACCACCGGACGCUGAAACAGAAGUUCAGCAUCUCCGAGUCGCUCUGCCUCCAAGACCUCUACAUCCUGUGGAAGGGAGACCUGUUUCUCAGUAUCUACAUCCAAUACUUUGUCACCUUUGCAAACUGUGUUGUAGUCCAGGGCUUUGACCAGGCGGCAAAGAAUAAAAGUGAAUUCUGGAAGACGCACAAGACAGCGCUGAAGCAAUUCCUUGCAGACCUCACCUCUGAGACGUCCAUACCAGUGGCCCUGCAUACAGUACUCCAUAAACCUCUCCGGGAUCAUGUGCAGCAAUAUGCCCUCAUCCUUACCAGGCUCAGCAAGGCCAUUGGCAAGAGCCCUGACAGAGAACUCGUCACCAGUGCGGCCAAGCAAUAUGCCAAGCUGCAGUCUUUCAUCAGCCAGGUCCUGGAUGAAGCCUGCCUGACCAAAGCCCUGUGGAAGUCCUUGGGGCACAAACUCACGGACUUGCUCUGUGUUCCUGAGCGCAGGCUGCUGGAAGACAGCAAAAACCUUCCGGUCUUUGCCAGCGUGGGCCGAACCGACCGGGUUCUGCUCUUUGAUGACAUCCUAGUGCUGAUUCAGGGGAACAACUGCCAGAGUUUUGAUCUGAAGCUGGUGUGGGUCGAUGGAUCCGGCAGUGAAAAGCCAGGCUCAGAGAACAGGCAUACGGUUCAUAUUGUCACACCAGAAGAAGUGUUCUUCCUCUCUACCAAAGAGACACGGAUAAAGACAUCAGCCAGGAAUUCAUCAGACUCCGCAGGGCCCAGGAUCCUUUCUAGGGAGUUGCUGCUGAUCUCUGCCACACUCUCCAUACUGGUCUCCAACAGAAGGGGCAACAGGGCAGUCUGGCAGUGGAAGCUGAAUCAAGCCGUGCGCCAGGCGCUGAAUGGGAAGAGGGAUUUCCCCUUGUGGGGCGAGGCUGGGGAGGGAAACGAGCCUCCCGUCCAUCGCUUCUUCACGUACGCGUUCCGAGCAGAGGGCAGAUUCAAGAACGCCGCGUAUGAAGGUGAAUGGUCCUGGGGGAAACCACAUGGCAAGGGGACGCUGAAGUGGCCUGAUGGCCGGAACCAUGUUGGGGAUUUCAAAGAGGGCCUGGAACAUGGGUUUGGAAUCUGCCUUAUCCCGCUUGUCUCCGAAGACAGGUACAACUGCUACAAAUGUCACUGGUGUGAAGGCAAAAUGCGAGGCUAUGGAAUCUGUGAGUAUGGAAAUGAGAUGGUGUACAAAGGAUACUUUAACGAUAAUCUGCGUCAAGGAUUUGGCAUCCUGGAAAACCCUUCAGCAGAGCAGCCGUUUAAGUACACAGGGCAGUGGGAUAAUGACAAGAAGAAUGGAUAUGGAGUCUUGGAUGACAAGGACAGAGGGGAGAGGUACAUUGGGAUAUGGCAAGAUGACCACAGGCAUGGACAAGGCAUUGUGGUGACCCAGUCAGGCGUGUGCUACCAAAGAACAUUUCAUGCGGAUAAAAUGGUGGGUUCUGGGAUUCUCCUCUUAGAAGAUGACUCCGUUUAUGAAGGCAACUUCACAAGAGAUCUGACAUUUGAUGGAAAGGGAAAGCUGACCUUUUCCAAUAGCUUCACGCUGGAGGGCACCUUUAGUAACAAAUCAGGCCAAGGGCUUCAGACGCAAGGAAUCCUGAACACUUCCAGCGACCAGCAAGCUGCCUCAAUAACCAAAGUUCAGCUGGGUCUUGAUGAGUUCCCGGUGGAGAAGAGAUGGCAGGGAAUCUACGACCAGUUUCUGAAAUUCCUCCACUCUGGCUGCAAAGAAGAAAUGGAGGAGUCCUUCACGGGGUUCCAUAUACAGACAAGCAAGGAGCUGCGCAAGUCUCAGGAGUACCUCUUCUGCCAAAGGGGGCCCGAGGAUGUCUCUGGGAAGAUAGAAGAUGUCCUUGAAGACCUAGUUCAGCAUCAAGAACUGGAGUCGCUCCAGUGUUAUUUACAAAAGGCUUUUAAGUCUUCCCUGCACCCACUAGGAAAACUGCUGAAGGCCCUGACGUUCGCUUUUCAGGCUACAUACUCUGGGAUCGGGGCAAACAAGCACCUACUGAACAUGGCCCAAGAGGAGGUCAAGUACUAUGCCAAGAAAAUAUGGGAGUUUUACCGGGGUUUACUGCAUCUGGCACUGGAGCAGAAAGGCCAAGCGCUCGCAGAGAUGGAAGACAGAGGGAAAAGUGACCUGAAUGCAUACAGAGUGAUUCUGCCUCUGAUCCUGCCCUGUUUCUAUCCGGAGCUCUUCAUGCUGUACAUGCUCUAUCACGAGAAGGAAGAUGACCUCUACUGCCAAGGGAUUGUGGACCUGAGUUUAUUUCCUGACAUUAAGCUGCUAGAGUUCCUGGACGUACAGAAACACCUGUGGCCCCUCAAAGAUCUCACCCUAACAACCAAUCAGAGACGUUCUCUUGUCAAAGACAAGUGCUUCCUUUCUGCUACGGAAUGUCUGCAAAAGUUGAUCACUACUGUGGACCCCCGGGAAAAGCUGGAGAUCCUUCAGAAGACCUAUGAGGAGAUAGAGAGCACUGUGUCACGAGUAGUGGAGAGGGACUAUAAACUCCCAAUGGAUGACCUCUUGCCUCUGUUGAUGUAUGUUGUAUCACGGGCCAGAAUACAGCAUCUAGGAGCUGAGAUACAUCUGAUCAGAGAUUUGAUGGACCCUACCAAUGAAGGAGGGAUGUAUGACUUUCUGUUAACAGCACUGGAGUCGUGCUAUGAGCACAUUCAAAAGGGUAUGAGGCUGCAUCAAAGGGAGAACUGGCAUGUGUCUCGUGAUCCUUGACCUUCACAAUCCAGAGGACAUCUUGUUCAUGCACUCGGAUGACCGCACACUGUUAGGAGGUGAAAAGGGAAUUGAGUCACCGCUGUUCUAGUUCACUUUCCAAUGGGACGAAUGUUUGUUCUAGACCCAGGCUCUUUUCAAGUACAAACCUGCUAGUGUCUAGACUUGUGGUGAUGCUUGCAAUCUACAAGGAGCAAGAUCCUUCAACCUCUAACAUCUUUUGCCCUUGAUGAAACUGCUCUGCCUGACAUGAAUAACACAAAAUCUGGUUUUUAUUAUACCAUCCAUAAAAUUACAGUCCAACUAUAAUCCACACCGUUGGAUAUUGACCUUAAAUCUUCAGUUUCAGAUAAUGUUCUGUGCAAAACCCUGGCCUUCCAUUUUUCAGAAGAAACCAUUUUGUGGCCUUUGCCAAAAACUUCUCACCCUACAGAUUAAUCCUGUUUUUCUGCAUUUUACACAUCUGCCUCUGCUCCAUGACCUCAUUUUACUUCCUCCUGUUUUGUGGUUUGCAUUUGUUUUGCCAGGCCAAAAUAUCCAGGGUUAUAAAAAAAAACAAACAAAAAAAACCCUUAAAACCAAAAUGUAACUGAUCUGCUUUGCCUGCGUGGUCCUGUCUGAUAGAAUCAGCUGCACAGAGAUAGGCGAUCCUUUUCUCUUCUCCCCCGCCCCCAGUAUCCUCUUCCCAGAGAAGUGAAGAUAUGUGUUGUAUAGUGGAGCGAAGGAUCUUGCCCCAUUGUCCUUGCUAGACAAGCCAAAUCCCCUCUGCGCCAUCUGUGUCGCAUUUUAAAGCUGCUAUUGUCUAACUUGAUUUUUAUAGUCCAACUGUAAAUUAUCAAUAUUUUUAUACCCUGCUGAAUCCUUUAAUCUCAGGGACGUUACUCUGUAAGCUUCCAUACCUUGUUGCAGAUAGGGGCCACUCAGUUCACCUGGCAUACAUGGCACAAGGGGAACUAGAACUGCCCUGCAGUGAAAGACCUCUGAAAUGCUGCGAGGCAAUUUAAAAAACAAACGUGGUCCUGCAGAAAAGCCGUGAUCUACUUAAAAUGAUGUCUUUGGGUGCUGACAUGCUACCCUACUGACUCAAUGGGGUGUAAAUAGGACAGAAUCUGAUCCCAUUAUUUCAGUGGUGAUUUUUUUAUUAAAAAGGCAAACUGAAUCUAAAUGUUGCACUCAAAUUGAAAUACACUAAAUAUGAAUUUAAGAUGCAUAGGAGAACAAAAGCUAUAUAUUUUAGAAUAAUUAAACGGUGGGUUUUAACUUGAUUUUUUUUUUAAGAUGUGGGAUGGUCUGAUAUUGUAACUACAUAAAACUAUAGACUGCACCUAAUUAUCACAAGUAUGUUUUAAAGAGUACACUGGAUAUAAUUGUUAAUAUAUUGAUUUGGGGCUGUGUUUUUUACAGUAACUUUGUAUUUAAAUAAACCUGUUACCUUUUUGAAA